AUGGCGGACGUGAUUAAGCGGGCGCUCUCGCGCGAUGCGAAAUCACAACACACAAUUGACAAUGAUGCCCCCGUCCAGGCUGGGGAUACGGAGCUUCUGGCGACUCUGGGUUACAAGCAGGAACUGCGCCGUCAUUAUUCCACGGUCCAGAUCUUCGCCGUUGCCUUUAGCAUCAUGGGUCUUUUGCCAUCGAUUGCAUCGACUCUGUCUUUUUCAAUGCCCGCAGGGCCUGUGGGCAUGGUUUGGGGUACGCAACGAUUCCACUCUGCGAGUGUCUUUAUUUUUAUUGUCAGUCUGGCUAUGGCCGAUAUGGCAUCCUCCAUGCCCACUGCCGGUGGCCUUUACUUCUGGACUCACUACUUCGCCGCCGAGAAAUGGAAGAACCCACUCAGCUUCGUUGUCGGAUACAGCAACACAAUUGGCCUCAUUGGUGGUAUCUGCUCAAUUGAUUACGGGUUCGCCAACAUGCUCCUCUCAAUGAUCUCCAUCGCCCGUGACGGCACCUGGACCGCAACACGGCCCAUCAUCUACGGCACAUAUGUAGCAACCGUAUUCGCCCACGGAGUCAUCGCCACAUUUGGAGGUAGAAUUAUGCCAAGAAUCCAAUCAAUCUGCAUCUACCUCAACAUUGGCCUGGUCGUAGCAACAGCAAUCGCCCUACCCGUGGGCAAAUCUAAGAACGACCCACCAAUUAACUCAGGUUCCUACGUCUUCGGUGAUGUAGAGAACUUGACUACGUGGCCGACGGGUUGGGCGUUUAUGCUGGCGUGGUUGUCGCCUAUUUGGACGAUUGGCGCGUUUGAUUCGUGCGUCCAUAUGAGCGAGGAGGCUACUCAUGCGGCUCGUGCAGUGCCGUUGGGCAUUAUUGCUUCGACGGGGAUGUGUGGGAUUCUGGGAUUCUUGUCGAUGGCUAUUAUUGCUGCUGGGAUGAGGCAGGAUAUUGAGGGGAUUUUGAAUUCUGAGUUUGGGCAGCCCAUGGCUCAGAUUUACUAUGAUGCGCUUGGCAAGAAUGGUGCUCUCGGCUUUAUGGCUGUAGUCAUGACCGUCCAGUUCUUCAUGGGACUAAGCAUAGUCAUCGCAGCAUCUCGUCAAAGCUGGGCCUUCUCCCGCGAUGGUGCCCUCCCCUUCUCCUCCUUCUUCCGCAAAGUCAGCCAAAGCAGUCUAACCCGCUACCAACCCGUCCGCAUGGUCUGCGGUGUAAUUGGUGCCUCCGCUAUCAUCGGCCUACUCUGCCUCAUCGACAACGCCGCGGCAAACGCAUUGUUCUCUCUGGCCGUGGCUGGAAAUGACCUCGCGUGGCUGACACCUAUCCUGGCACGGCUCCUCUGGGGCCAGGAUAAGUUUGUGCCGGGUGAGUUCUAUACUGGCAAGUAUUUGAGUAAGCCUAUUGCGUGGACGGCUGUGAUUUAUAUGGUUUUCGCUAUUGUGUUGUGCAUGAUUCCUACGGAGGGGCCGAAUCCGUCUGCCGAGAAUAUGAAUUAUACUGUUGUUAUCAAUGGGGCCCUUUGGUUGGGAGCUUUGCUUUAUUACUACGUUCACGCGAGGAAGACGUUCAAGGGCCCGCAGACCACUGUUUCGCCGGAAGAUGAGGGUAAACAGUUGGAGGCGAAAGCUGCUGCAGAGAACUCGGAAAAGAGUUGA